AUGUCGUUUCUGUCUGCCACACCAUCGGACUAUAUGGACUCUUGUAGAUUGUACGAACAAGUACAAACAUGGCUAUGGUGUAUUCAGCUUCCGUGGUCAGCAUCCCCAGAAAACGUCCCUCCUUCACUACCCGUAAAGAUUAUUUUUCCUAAAACUCGAACACGACCAGUGGUUGUGACGAUGAGUUCGUGUACGAGGUCGUAUUCCUCGGGGCCAUCGAAGAGGGUGUGGAUAUGGACGGAGAACAAGCAGGUCAUGACCGCCGCCGUGGAGAGAGGCUGGAAUACCUUCAUCUUCUCCCCUGAAAGUCGGAAACUUUCCGAUGACUGGUCCUCAAUUGCGGUUAUAUCGCCUCUUUAUCUUGAAGAAGGAGGGAUUUUUGAUGGUGAGAACAAAAGAAUUGGAUCGAUUUUUGGGAUUUCGAAUAACCAAGAGUUAGAGCUGCUUCAACCUGAAAAAGGUUUGGGAGAGAAUGUUGUUGUAGACUUACUAGAUUGGCAGGUGAUUCCCGCAGAGAAUAUUGUUGCGGCAUUUCAAGGAAGUGAUAGAACAGUUUUCGCAAUCUCGAAAAAUUCUUCUGAAGCACAAAUCUUCCUUGAGGCAUUGGAGCAAGGGCUGGGUGGAGUUGUUUUGAAAGUUGAGGAUGCGAAAGCUAUUCUUGAGCUAAAGGAAUAUUUUGACAGAAGAAAUGAUAUGAGCAACAUAUUGAGCUUGACCAAGGCCACCAUAACUCGAGUUCAAGUGGCUGGGAUGGGGGAUCGCGUUUGCGUCGACCUCUGUAGCAUCAUGAGGCCCGGUGAAGGGCUCCUUGUUGGAUCCUUUGCAAGAGGACUGUUCCUUGUCCACUCCGAAUGCUUAGAGUGGAAUUACAUUGCAAGCAGACCUUUUCGAGUUAAUGCAGGACCUGUACAUGCCUAUGUUGCUAUUCCGGGAGGAAAAACAUGCUACCUCUCAGAAUUAAAAGUGGGCAAAGAGGUAAUUGUGGUUAACCAAAAAGGCCAGCAACGGAAUGCCAUUGUUGGGCGAGUGAAGAUUGAGACUAGACCACUAAUCCUUGUCGAGGCAAAGCUGGAUUCAGAUAGUCAAACUCUAUACAGCAUCCUUCUACAGAAUGCAGAAACAGUUGCCUUAGUAUCCCCCUUCCAAGGAGACGGAUUGCAAAAUGCUGCAAUUCCUGUGACGUCGCUCAAAGUUGGAGACGAAGUUGUUCUAAGAGUACAAGGAGGGGCAAGACACACGGGAAUAGAAAUUCAAGAGUUUAUAGUGGAAAAUUGAACCAGAUGAAUAACAUAACGUGAAAUUUGAAACGCAUGUAGUGCAAUUCUGCUGAAUCGACCAUCUGCCACAUUACUUUCCAUCUUGUUCUUACAAAACUUUAGGGAAUAAAAAAUAGAAAGAAAGAAAUUGUCUAAUGCUAGGAUUGAAGUUUUGUUUCUAUUAGAAAAGAG